AUGUGUUUGGAGCAUAUGGCAACAUGGCGACUGUCAAAACAUGUCAAAACAGGAAGCAAAACGGAAAUGUUUAAUAUCACAUUUUAAACCGGCUUAUGACAAAUUGAACUCAUCAAAAUUGAAGAAUCAGCCAGACUUUAUAUAGAAGAUACAUAAUAAUGGACAAAUAAUAUUCAACUUGAAGAUGCCUCAGCUGGUAGCAUUCAACAGGAAGUGGUCUAUUGGUAGUGAUGACUUUGUCUAUCCAGGCAUUGGAGAAAUCAUUCUUAGAGUUAUAUGGAUAACAGUAGUGUCAGCCAUAUUUCAUCUGCACAAGGAUACUCUAGAUUGUCAUGAUGGCAACUUGCUGCAUACAUACUAUAUUGGCCUACUUUCUCUGCUUGCCAUUAGCAUUGUAAUGACAAUCAUUAUCGUUUAUGUCAGUAUGCAAGGAACCAUUACAAAUUGCGCUGCCAGAAGAAAAAUGUCUAAACUUAUUUAUGUAAAAUUUGCGAUCACUUUUCCUGAGCUGGCUUGGAAUAUUAUGGGAACAUACUGGGCAUUUGGAAUGUCGAGUGGAUGUGAAAAGCAUGUAGUUCUCACUGUCAAAGGUGUGGUUCUAUUUGGCUGGGUGAUGGGCAUUGUGGUCCUCAUUGGAAUAGCUGUUGUGUUUGAUCCUUUGGGAGCCAUACAUCCAAGAGCUGAUGGAGGACAACAGCAUAAAGACAAGGAUGAUAUGGAGAUUUCCAACUCGGCAAAAAGAGUUUGGGAGACUAGAUGCCGGAUUCUGUGCUGCUGUGUGGGCUGUGAUGAAAAUAGCAAAAAUGCUUUCAGUGGAGUAGCUGAAAUAAUGUCCAACUUUUUCAAGGGAGUGGAUCUAGUACCGACAGAUGUAGCCUGUGGUUUGAUCCUGGUAAAUAGGGAACAGGAGAGAGAAGAAUACAGACUAUCCUCAGUUAGAGUAGAGGGUUCACAAAGAUCACAAGGUCAAAGUUCACAGGAUGGGCAAAAACAGUAUUUACAAAGACCCCUGUCUAGUGCCAAUGUAACACCAGAACCUUCAACUUCUACAACUCAAGGCAUCACAACACCUAAACCAUGGAUGACAAUAGAAAUGAUGGCACACUAUAUGAAGUUUGCAAUGGCCAGUUAUGGCUGGCCUUUGUACAUAUUCACUCACCUUAUGACAGGAACAUGUCAGCUUUCUUCACAGUGCAACUAUGCAUGUUUACCCAGAAGUCUAAGAUAUAGCAAGACAAGUAGCCAACUUUCUUGUUGGGACGCAUGUUUCAAUUGCUUUCAUGUAUUUAAAAAACAGAGUUUGACUGUAAUUGAAACAGAAAAGGAAUUGAAUGAGCUUUGCUUGUCUUUACAAUGCUGUGCCUGCUGUAUGACAGCCAAUGAGAUUAGAGAUGAUAAUUGCUGUAGAUGUAACACAGCAUCUAUCAGAAAAACCACUGGUGUUCACCAAGAUGAUAUUAUAUAUGCAAGCUUCCAUAACAAAAUAUAUGAGGUUCCAUUUUUUGUAAGCAUAGACAGACAGCGACAGAGUGUAGUUGUAUCAGUGAGAGGUACUCUGUCAUUAAGGGAUGUUAUAACAGAUUUAACUGCUGAGUGUGACUCGCUAGGUAUAGAUGGACUAGAAAACUGUAUGGCCCACAGGGGCAUGCUUCUUGCAGCUAAAUAUGUACAAUCAACAUUAGAUAGACUGCGUAUUCUCGAACAGGCAUUUGAUAAUGCGCAGGGUGCUAGAUUAGUUAUUACUGGCCAUAGCCUUGGUGCAGGUACUGCAGCACUGUUGGCCAUUUUGCUGAAACCAAAAUACCCAGAUCUCAUCUGCUUUACAUUCUCUCCUCCUGGAGGACUUAUGAGUUUAAGUGCUAGUCAAUAUUGCCAGGAGUUUAUGUGUUCAGUAGUGCUAGGUAAAGACAUUAUCCCACGCCUCGGUAUACAUACAAUGGAGGACCUGAAAACAAGAUUAUUGCAAGCUAUUCAUGACACUGAUAGUCCUAAGUAUAAGUUAUUAGCACAUGGAGCAUGGCAACUGAUCUGUGGUCUAAAUGAGAAAGAUCCUGAAGAAUCUGCUCUGUCUAGUGAGAGACCGUUGCUAACGAGUGGAUCUCGUGUACCUUCAUACUGUGGCAAUGAUGAUCAAAAUCUGGAGCGGCAGACAGAAAAUGGAUUACGGAGUGCCCUACAUGAAGCACAGAGACACAAUGAGCAAUGUAAGAUCACACAUCCACAUAUGUUCCCACCUGGACAAAUACUGCAUAUUGUAGAAGCAACCAAAAAAGUGCCAUGUUGUGGUGUUCCUGAUUAUCAAGCACAAUGGGUAACUGCUGAAGACUUCAAUAAAGUUCUUGUCAGUCCAAAGAUGUUUUCUGACCAUUUUCCUGAUGCAGUACAGAGAGCUAUAGAUCAGCUCAAUGAAAGAGAUUACACACCUAUACUGGAGCGACAGUCAUCUGUUAUAAAUGUUUGAAUAAUCACUUACAUUUCAUUGUAUUACUUGCCUUAGGUCUGUCGUUCUGCUUUGAAACAAAACUGACUGUUUGAUACACUUGUUCCAUGACAGUGUUUUUGAGUGAUUUUUCUAUGUUUGAAAACAAGUCGGAUAAAAGUUGUAUGUCAUUUUGAAGAUCUCUUAGAAAGGAUUUUAUUUUUAUGGACAUUUUUUUGUGUUUUAUGUUCACUGGGUGAACAACAGUUUUAAAAAAAAAGUGCUUUUAUUAUAUGAUUUUAACAAUUUUUUCCCCUGUUUUACCAUUGCAACAUCAUAACAACAAUUAGUUGAAGUUGAAAGAUGUAAAAUAGUUUUAUGAAAGUAAUAUUUGAUAAGAAGAAGUGUGUACCAGUACUUACAUGUACAAUACAUGUGAGAAAUUUUGUAAAUUAAGUUUUAAUUGAAACAUAUUUUAGGUUCUAAUUAUUUAUAUGUCAUAUUCCAUGUUCACAUGUAGUUUCAUACCAGCAAAAUUAUAUUUGAUAGUCUGAAUAUUGAAAACAGGGUUAUUAUUGGGAUAUAAUCCAUAAUCCUAAAUAACAUGAAAUGAAAAAAAAAAUCAUUUCCUACAGUUUAAAACAUUUAACAGUGUUAUAUAGCUAUGAUGCUAACUAAUUUUAUAAAUAUCUGUCAAGGAAUACAGACAGUUCAUAAUUUUGUGUGACUCAAUAUGGCUGAGUUACACACUAGGAAAUUCCAGAAUUUGAACAAAUUGAGGAAAUGUGGGAACUUGCAAUACUCAUCAUUAUUAGAGCAGUAUGAACGAUUGAAAUUAAGUUUACAAAACAAAUGUUAUGGAGUACUUAUGUUGGAAUUUUAAAUAAGAGUAUCUAAUUUGAUAAAAGUGCUCAGUCACCUGUAAUAUACUAUGAGCACAUAUGCUAAUCAUUGUAUAUAUUUAUGCUUGCUAAAUGUACUUUUGAUGUCUUUCACGGAGCUUGAAUGAAAGUAUUGAACUGCAAUGUUCUGAGUGUAUCCUGGUCUUACAUAAUAUACAAUAAAUAUACUUGAUAGUUAUUGGAGAAUGGGAAAAUACAGAAUAUUGUGUCCCAGAUUUCAGCUGUAUACAAAUCAUCACAAAGUGUAGUGUUUGCUCAGUAGAUAAAGUGCCAUUUGCUCAACACACAUGUUGUUUGUUUGAUUCCAGCUCAAAUCACAACUUUGCAAUCUCAAUGUUUUAUGGGGAAGCAGACUUGAUAAAAAUGUUUUCACAACAAAAUAAGGAUAUAGUUAACUGAAAUGUAUUUGGUUUAAACAAUAUUUUGUUCAUCAUAAUUUCAGUUGUUACAAUAUUACAUACAUUAACAUAGAGGAUUGAGUAGGAAGCUAUUAGCAUUUUUAGAAACUGAGUUUUUUGAUUUACAUUAUUUACAGUAAUAAAUGUUUGCUUCAUUAGCCUCCACUGCAUGGCAUUUUAAUUAUGUACAUUCUUGCUGAAUUUUAGAACCAAGAAACAUUGAAACUCAAAAGAGAUUUCACUCCCCUGUGUUUUACUAGGGUUUAAAGUGAUAAAAUUGAGUUUAGAGAACAAUCUCAGAACGAUACAUUGUUAUUGGUCAGUACCAAUUUUAAAAUCUGAAUCAGCUAAUCAGAAGCUUGGUUUCUAAGCUCAGUUUCUAAUGUCAGUUAUAUAUCCUUGAACCUAGCGUUUGUUUGAGAAAAAUUCUGAGCUUGGUCGUGAAAUUGACCAAUGGUAACCUUGCAUUCAGAAACUAGUCUUGAUUUAAACAUCUCCACAUUUUGGUGGGAAGUUUGAUUUUUUGAUCAGUAGUUUACAACAUUUAUUUAAUCAAAAUUAAUACAGAUUGAAAUUAAGUUUGUAUUUUGCUGAAAUAUUUAUAUUUUAAAAACACUGGAAUAAUUUUAUAUAUCAGUAUUUAAAUCAUUGUCACACUAUACCUGUUAUAAUAAGUGCAAAUCUGUUUGUAAUCACGACUGACUGACCAUAUAGAUGGCUCCUUCAGAAGUUUAUGUUUUGGAGGACUGAUAAUGAAGUUAAGGAUCAGACAUGUGAGCCUUGGGCUUAUAAUCCAGUCUCUUAUCUAGACCUUAGGUCAGCUGUAACUAUAUCAGUCAUAAUACCGGUAGCAACACAAUCAAAAAUAUUAUCUGCUCUUACCAGUUAUACUACUGCUUGUUCCAUUGUGAUAAAUAUUGUUACAUACUGUGAUAUAUGUAUGACCUUCUGUUGAUAUUAUUUUCUGUCAGUAUUUCAUUUAUUUAUGAAAUCCAUAUUCAUUUUUAGCUCACCUGAACACGAAGUGCUCAAGGUGAGCUUUUGUGAUCGCCCUAUGUCCGUCGUCAACAAUUUGACUGUUAACGCUCUAGAGGUCACAAUUUUGGCCCAAUCUUCAUGAAACUUGGUCAGAGUGUUACCCUCAAUAAAAUGUUGGACGAGGUCGAUAUUGGGUCAUCUGGGGUCAAAAACUAGGUCACCAGGUCAAAUCAAAGGUAAAGCUUAACACUCUAGAGGUCACAAUUUUGGCCCAGUCUUAAUGAAACUUGGUCAGAAUGUUACCCUUAAUAUAAUUUUGGACGAGUUUGAUAUUGGGUCAUCUGGGGUCAAAAUCUAGGUCACCAGGUCAAAUCAGAGGAAAAGCUUGUUUACACUCUAGAGGUCACAAUGUUGGCCCAGUCUUAAUGAAACUUGGUCAAAAUGUUACCUUUAAUAAAAUCUUGGGCGAGUUUGAUAUUGAGUCAUCUGGGGUCAAAAACUAGGUCACCAGGUCAAAUCAGAGGAAAAGCUUGUUAACACUCUAGAGGUCACAGUUUUGGCCAAUCUUAAUGAAACUUGGUCAGAAUGUUACCUUUAAUAAAAUCUUAGGCGAGUUCGAUAUUGGGUCAUCUGGGGUCAAAAACUAGGUCACCAGGUUAAAUCAAAGGAAAAGCUUGUUAACGCUCUAGAGGUAACAAUUUUGGCCCAAUCUUAAUGAAACUUGGUCAGAAUGGUACCCUCAGUAAAUUCGAUAUUGGGUCAUCUGGGAUCAAAAACUAGGUCACCAGGUCAAAUCAAAGGAAAAGCUAGUUAACACUAGAGGCCACAUUUAUAACUGUAUCUUCAUGAAACUUGGUCAGAAUGUUAAUCUUGAUGACCUCAAGGUCCAGUUUGAAUCUGGUCAUGUAGAGUCAAAAACUAGGUCACCAGGUCAAAUCAAAGGAAAAGGUAGUUAACACUCCAGAGGCCACAUUUAUGACCUUAUCUUAAUUAAACUUGGUCAGAAUGUUAAUCUUGAUGAUCUAUAGGUCAAGUUCAAAUCUGGGUCCGGUGGGGUAAAAAACUAGGUCAAUUCGAAGGAAAAGCUAGUUAACACUCUGGAGGCCACAUUUAUGACUGUAUCUUCAUGAAACUUAGUCAGAAUGUUAAUCUUGAUGAUCUUUAGGUCAAUAGGUCAGGUGAGCAAUGCAGGGCCUUCAUGUCCCUCUUGUUUCAUUUAUUUAUGAAAUCAUAUACUAUGCUUUAAGUCAAGUUCGAAUCUGGGUCAUGUUGGGUCAAAAACUAGGUCACUGGGUCAAAUCAAAGGAAAAGCUAGUUAACACUUUAGAGGCCACAUUUAUGACCAUAUCUUAAUGAAACUUGGUCAGAAAGUUAAUCUUGAUGAUCUUUAGGUCAAUAGGUCAGGUGAGCGAUACAGGGCCUUCAUGUCCCUCUUGUUUCAUUUAUUUAUGAAAUCAUAUACUAUGCUUAAGUAUUAUGAACAAAAUUGCAAAAAAUACCGAUUAAUUCCUUAUUCAGUUUUCCUUUGGAUAUUGAACAAUUUAAGGUCUUAAGGAAAUAAUGACUUAGACCUUGAAUAAAAUGGCAAUUUUCAGUCAAAA